CCGCGGGAUUGUAAUAUUGGAUUCAUCAAAAUAUCUUGUUAAUUUUGGUUAUGUUGUUUUAGGAUUGUUUUUGUGUUUCGUUGCAAUGAGCGAAUUUAUAAUACUUCAAGUCGGCCAGUGCGGUAAUCAAAUCGGCGCCGCCCUUUGGCCCCUUAUUUUGAGCGAGUAUCGAAUCAGAUCCAACGAUUCGAUUUCGGCUUUCUUUAACGUUCCCUCCCGCACGCCAAAUGAUCUCAAAGCGAGAGCCAUUUGUAUCGAUAUGGAGGACAGCGUAGUGGCGAGGUUUAAACGCGGCCCUUUAAAGGGUAUGUUCGAUGACAAGUGUUUUAUAACGAAUCAUCCCGGCUCCGGAAAUAACUGGGCGCAAGGUUAUUGCGAACACGGACCAAGGUACAAGAGAAAGAUUUUCCGGGCGUUGAAGCACGCAGUGGAGAGAUGUGACAGUCUGCACGGUUUUAUUUUAUUGCUCUCCGCCGGUGGCGGUACGGGUUCCGGAUUGGGAACCUACAUUCUCGACUUGUUAGCCGAUACUUAUCCAGAAAUUGAAAGAUUCGUGGCUUGCGUGUACCCGACAGGCACAGAAGACGUGAUUACUUGUCCGUACAAUAUGGCUUUGGCCACGUACAGGAUGCUGGAAAACGCGGUCUGCGUGUUUCCGGUGGAGAAUCGUGCGCUCUUAGAAAUCGUCAACAGAAAAUCUCGAUGCGGCGAGCGCUCUUAUCGAGCCAUGAACGACAUAAUCGUGGAAAUGUUGUUACAUCUGACUAGUGGUUCGAGGUUUCCCGGUGACCUUAAUCUGGAUAUGAAUGAAAUCAACACCAACAUGGUUCCCUUUCCACAGCUUAAUUUCCUGUCCGCCGGUUUCAAUCACGAUUCCGUCGCCGCCCGCUUCAAUACAAAGACCAGCCAACAAAUCAAAGAUAAAUAUUUCCUAGACUCCCUCCACAAAUCGAAUCAGCUGAUCAAAGUGGAUCCUCUGGGCCCGAAAUCCGUCCUGUUGGGAGCCACUUUGAUCGGUCGGGGAGAUUACGCGAUGUCGGACGUGCAAAGUUACGCGCAGCGGCUUCAGGCUAGGGCAAACUUCGCGCCGUGGUCGAAAAAGUCGAUAAAAGUAGGGCUGUGCGGCACGAGCCCACACUACGCCCCCGCGGCAAUGUUUUCCCUAUUUAAUUCAUCCCGGAUGAGCGACCAUUUCGCGAAAAUUUACGGCGACUUCGACAAGUUGUUUCGUAAAAAGGCUCACAUGCACCAUUACACCAGGAUCGACGGUUUCGACUGCGGUUAUUUUGAAGCUUGCGCUGAAUCUCUGCGGGACGUCGUCCAGAAAUACCGAAACAUCGAGAUGACGCGCGCCUUCGCCGUUCCCAGACUCGAACCGUUGCAAACUUUUUAAAUUCGGAUCAUAUGUGUUUACGCGACUUGUGACGUAUUAGAUUGCAAUUACUUAACGUUGGCGAGUGGUAAACCUGCGAGUGAAUUUUCUAUAAUCCAUGGCUAAGAAAGAUUUGGGGUUAAUAAAAAAAAUGUCGAACAGCGAGAAACAAUUUUAUUGCAUAAACUGCGGCGAAAAAGUCGCCAAUUUAUACAAGAGGUACAGCGAAACGGUACUGAAACUAAGUGUGUGCGGGAGAUGCAAGCAAAUCUCCGACAAGUACGUCGAAUACGACCCGGUCGUCAUUGUGAUCGACCUGAUUUUGCUUAGAAUUAUGGCCUACCGACACGUGCUCUUAAAUUCCGAAUUCAAG